AUGGCCGGAUCUAGCAUUUUCAACGCGUUCUUCAUUGUAUUUUUCGUUACGUUUUUCUCAGCUAUGGCUGAAACUUCUGCUCAGGAGUUGGCUCCAGCACCGGCACCUGAUGCUGGUGCAGCAUUUGCGAUGCCGUCUUCUGGCUUAUUGGUUGGAACUUCCCUCCUUCUUUACUCCACAAGGCUCCCCUUCAUCGAUUACAUGGCCGGAAUAGUAAAAGUUAAGGUCUUGCCAAUUGGUACACUAGUUCAAGAUCCUAUGGCUAGUGUAGAUGGAAACAUAGAGAUCAUGGAACGGUUAGGGAAAAAAGAAAAGUUCUCAACUAUAAGAGUCUCAUUUUGGGAGUGGCCAUUUCUUGACAAAACAAGAAUUGGAAGGGUAAUCCGGUGCACUAAAUUAAAGAUCCCGUUAUGCAUAGGUCCAAAGAAGAGCCUCACCACAACAGUGCAUUAUACGCAAUCUAAUUUUGCAUUUCUGCCAGAGGCUGUUUUCAAAAAAAGUAUAGACUAUGGUAUUCCAACUAUUGCUAUGCCUAUGAAUCUUGAUCAACCUAUGAAUGCUAAAUUGCUAGUGGAAAUUGGAGUAGCUUUGGAGGUUUUGAGGGAUGAAAAUGGAGCAUUUUAUAGAGAAGAUAUUGCAAGAGUUAUCAAAGAUGUAAUAUGUGGAAAAUUAGGGGAGAAUUUGAGAACUAAAAAUGUAGAAGAUAUUAAUGUAUUGUUGUUAUGGAGCUAA